AUGUGGUGCCACAACCUGGAGUCUGAGAGCCUGAUAUCUGAUAUCACAGCUUCAGUAAGGGAUUCAGUGCCUGUGCCUUCAGCCUCUAGCUCUGGUAGUUCCCUCCAGAAUCCACACUUCAUUCAGCCAGCUGCAGAUACAUUCACAACUCCCUGCCAGUCACUAGGUGACAUUGACAUCACAGGCCGGGCGGCUGGACACUUCUGGGCAUUCACACACAGUCCGAGUGAGUGGACGCUGGAUGUCCCAACGCCGGGCCCACAGCCCUCUCUGCCUGUUGGAGUCACCUCAGCCAUCAUCCUGAGACCUAGCUGUGCUACUGGAUGGUUUUACUACAAGUCCUGUUGCUAAGGAUACUUCCAGAAGCUGAGGAACUGGUCUGAUGCUGAGCUGUCUUGUCAGUCAUAUGGAAAUGGAGCCCACCUGGCAUCUAUCCUGAAUUUAAAGGAAGCCAACACCAUAGCAAUGUACAUAGGUGGCUAUCAAAGAAACAAGCCCGUAUGGAUCUGCCUGCAUGACCUGCAGAAGCAACAGUGGAAGUGGCUGGAUGGUGCCACGUAUAUUUACAGAACUAUGUCUGGCAAGUCCGCGGGUGGGAACAAGUACUAUGCUGAGAUGAACGCCAAGAACAAUUUUUUGACUUGGAACAGCAAAGCAUGCAGCAAGCUCCAACACUUCCUAUGGAAGUACCGACCAUAG